AGCUUUCUUUUGGGAUGUGUUUUGUUUAUUUUUCAGAAAGCAAAGCCUAAAAUAUCUGCAUCUCGAAGACUGUUCUUGAAGACCAAACUGAUGAAGAGGGCCAUGACCAUGCUAGUCACCGACAAGGAGAACAGGCGGCUGGAGCGAGAGAGAGUCCUGGCGGAGAGAGUUCCACCUCUGCAGCUGUCAGGCCUAUCCGUGCAGGAUCUGCAGAAUCUCUGCAAGGAGCUCUCCCAGAAAAUUGAUGUGGUGGAUGAGGAAAGAUACGACAUUAAUUCAAAAGUGUCCAAAAGCGAACUGGAGGUCCAGGACCUGUCCCAGAAAAUCGGGGAUCUGAAGGGGAAGAUGAAGAGACCCAACCUGAAGAGAGUGAGGGUGUCUGCCGACGCCAUGCUGGGCGCCCUGCUGGGGUCAAAGGUCAAGGAGUCUGUGGACUUCAAGGCCAACCUCAAGACAGUGAAGAAGGAGGAUGAGAAGAAAGAAGAGGUCACUGAUUGGCGUAAGAAUGUGGAAUCAAUGUCUGGGAUGGAGGGCAGGAAGAAGCUGUUCGAUGCUGCAUAAAACUGACGUUUUGAGGAGCCCAGUUGUUCCCUGUUCUCUGUGGGUGAAACUCAAUGAAUCAUGAAAGUGCUACAAUGACUGAUUCGUUAACAUCCCAAUAGAUACAGAUGUGUGCGUGGAAGUGUCCCAUUUCCACUUGUUAUCCUCAUUACUCUAGGGGUCGUACAUGUUUUUGAAUGUGAUGUGUUAUAAACAAUAUGCAUAAUUGUAUUAGAAACAAUAUCUCAUGUUGAUAUACAUUGAUGAUGUGUAGCUUCAGGUACUGCACAGUGCUGCUGGCCCAUGUUUGCAGAUGCACCUCUCUUACUCAUCAUCUCAUCUUCUGUGUGGAAGAUGGUACAAGGUACAAGGUAUUUUGGUACAAGCUGAUCAGUAUUUAACAAUGACGAACGUAUAAUAGUAUUAAAAUAUCAUGAAAAAAAAGUUGCAUUGUAUUUUAGGUGUGUUUUGGGUCUGCCAUUUUUGUGUACAAAAGGGCAAUGCUCAUUCCAUCUGCAGUUGAUAUAUAUGAUUGUAUGUAUUAAAAAGCAUAUGAUUUAAUUCGGUACCAAUGUGUCUCUAAUAUAAUAAUAAAAACAAUCAUGAAGACGUUUGUUCAAA